CUGGUUAUGACUUAUGAUCAGUUCAGUAGAAGUAAAACCUACUCUGGCAGCAAUCGGAUCAGUUAAAAAACCAUUCUCCAAUUCGUCAACCUUCAUUAUUUAAAUAUAAGAAGCCCAAUCGACUUGAUAGAUCGCUUCUCAAUUUCAGACUCUGCUCCUCAGUCCUCACUCACUCUAGCCCUUCUUCCAGUCACUAUGUCGUCCAUGGUGAUCCCGAUUCCCUAUCGUCAGCUAUACAUCGAUGGUGAAUGGAAGGAACCUCUCCAACGGAAGCGGAUUCCCAUCAUCAACCCCUCUACCGAAGAGAUCUUAGGGGAUAUUCCUGCGGCCACUGCCGAGGAUGUGGAGAUUGCAGUUGAUGCUGCUCGCAGGGCCUUUUCCAGGAACAAGGGCAGAGAUUGGGCUUCCACUUCCGGGGCUUACCGCGCCAAGUAUUUACGUGCCAUUGCUGCGAAGGUAAUAGAGAAGAAAUCUGAGUUGGCUAAGCUAGAAGCUCUUGACUGUGGAAAACCACUGGAUGAAGCAGCAUGGGACAUGGAUGAUGUUGCAGGAUGUUUUGAGUAUUAUGCUGGACUUGCUGAAGCUUUAGACACAAAACAAAAAGCGCCUCUCUCUCUUCCAAUGGAGACAUUUAAGGGCCAUGUCCUUAAGGAACCGCUUGGUGUUAUUGCGCUGAUUACCCCUUGGAAUUACCCUCUUUUGAUGGCUACAUGGAAAGUUGCUCCGGCUCUCGCUGCUGGGUGUACUGCUAUACUGAAGCCAUCUGAGUUGGCAUCUGUGACUUGUUUAGAGUUGGCUGAAAUAUGUAAAGAAGUAGGUCUACCUGCUGGUGUCCUAAACAUUGUGACUGGGUUCGGUGCAGAAGCUGGUGCUCCUUUGGCAGCUCAUCCUCAUGUUGACAAGAUUGCAUUUACUGGAAGUAGUUUGACCGGAAGCAAGAUCAUGGCUUCUGCAGCUCAAAUGGUCAAGCCUGUUUCAUUAGAGCUUGGUGGCAAGAGUCCAAUUGUUGUCUUUGAGGACGUAGACCUAGACAAAGCUGCUGAGUGGACUCUUUUUGGUUGCUUUUGGACAAAUGGGCAGAUCUGCAGUGCCACAUCGCGUCUCUUAGUGCAUGAAAGUAUUGCAGCAGCAUUUUUGGAGAAACUCGUUAAGUGGACCAGAAACAUCAAGAUUUCAGAUCCCUUGGAAGAAGGUUGCAGGCUUGGACCUGUUGUUAGCGAGGGGCAGUAUGAGAAGAUAAAGAAGUUUAUUCAAACUGCAACAAGUGAAGGUGCUACUGUUUUGUGUGGUGGAAACCGGCCUCAGCAUUUAAAGAAAGGUUACUUUAUUGAGCCAACCAUCAUAACAGAUGUGGAUACAUCCAUGCAAAUUUGGAAGGAGGAGGUCUUUGGACCUGUUUUAUGUGUUAAAACCUUUAGUAAUGAAGAUGAAGCAAUUGAACUAGCAAAUGACACACACUAUGGCUUGGCUGCUGCUGUGAUUUCCAAUGAUCUGGAGAGGUGUGAACGUGUGACCAAGGCCUUUCAGGCGGGGAUUGUGUGGGUGAAUUGCUCACAACCCUGCUUCUGUCAGGCUCCAUGGGGAGGCAUCAAACGGAGUGGUUUUGGGCGGGAACUUGGUGAAGGGGGGAUAGAAAACUACUUGAGUGUGAAGCAGGUUACACAGUACAUCUCAGAUGAGCCAUGGGGCUGGUACCCGGCACCUUCAAAUCCGAAGCUGUGAAAACUUCCAGAGGGCUUUGAUGGACUCCAGAAGUAGAAAAGAUCUUACUUGAAAAAAAAAAAUAUGAAAAAUGGUGAAAAUGAUCUUUAAAUAUGUGGGAUUUAAUAAAUUUAGGAGGAUUGUAAAGUUGAAUUUCAUGUAAUAGAAUUCCAAUUUUUUUUUUUA